UUGUAGCUAGGGGUGGGAACCUGACGUCAACAAACAUGGCGUCGCUGCAGUAGUUCAAUGUAAUCACCAUGUGAACUUUUAGAGUUUCCCCUCUUUGUCAGUGUUAACAGUAUAGGCACAUCAUUCGGACAUGGCAACGGUUGGACCUUCACAUGCGGGGGGCAAACCAUUCUUGCCGAACAACCACAACCCACAAAUGACAAACUACGGGAAAGCCAAACGUCAUUUUUGCAUUUUGUGUCGUAAGACAUAUAUGAAAAAUAGAUCCCACGAGCAUAUGCACAACAUACUACAUCACAAACAGCUGGAAUUAGUGCUGGGCAACGUUGACUGUCAUGAUUGCCUGGUGUGCAAGGUGUUCUCCAUGGACCUUGACCAAUUCGCCCAACACAUCGCCACCUCUCAACAUGAAGCCAAUUUAAAUAGCCUGUUACAGAAGAACAUAAAGGCCAUUUCACUUGCCGAUACACUCCCUCGAGAGUCCUACAACAGGAUCCUGGAAAGGAGCAAGAACUUAAAGAAGGAGGAGAAAAAAAUAGUAAGAAAGGAAAGAAAGAGACAGAAGCAAAUCGCUGGGCAGAAACAUGCGUCAAUGCCACAGAGAGCCAGUGGACAACACCAGGCAGUGCACACACGGGCUGGUCCUAAUACAUUCAAACAAGGGAAUCAGAUGCAGCAAGACAACCGCACCGCUGUCUUCCAAAACAAGGAGAACAAACUAGAUCAGCACGUUGACACCACAAGCAACCGCUCCAAAAACAACAGCCAAUCAGGUGGCGCCGAUAUCCCACUGCAGCAGUUCCCAUGCGCCGGGGUGGACCAAUAUCACAACAGGCCGUACCAGACUGAGGACACAACCGACUUCACUAGUGAUCAGCUUCCUCAUUCAGGAAGCAUCAUCUUCAGCCAAGAUGAGCAUAGCGGGUCUUUUCAACCAGAGAAAAGUGCUCCUGCCUCACACAUGGGCAUUGCUAAUCCGGUUUCCAUACAGGACAUGGACGUCAGCUCCAUGCUUAAGGAAAUUAGACGGGCACUUGGUGUGAGGGAGCCAUGUAGGGCAGAUCGGGAAGCCCGGAAGCAGACCGCCGCCGAGUCAGGAGCCCGGCCAUCUGAGCCAUGCUCUUCAACCCUCAAUAAGGAUGUAAAAACAUCUCAACGUAACACGGAUGCCCCUGUCAGCCUGUCAGAGCGCUGCUCUUCAACCCUCAAUAAGAAUGUGAAAACAUCUGAAGGUAGCACGGGUGCCCCAGUCAGCAGGGAGACAAGCCAGUCGCUUAGCUCCACAUCUACAGUUGAGUCCAACGGGAACAGUAGAGGCAAGGUUCGGAUUGCUCACAAAGCAGCUGGAGAAGUCACUGUUAGAAAGAUUAUCCCACAGUUUCCCGCUUUGUCUGGGCCUAAAAGUAAGCAGAGCUGGAGGAAGAGGUACAGUGAGAAGAAGAACAAGCAGAAGAGCAAAGAAGGGUUGCCCAGUUUUAGAAUUGAGGUGUUGAACCCUGAGCACAACCCAUCUGCAUACGUCGCUGAUGACCUGCCGCUCUCAGAGGGCUUCCACUGGGAGUCUGUCUCAAGUCCAUGCGCGCCCCUUCCUCCUGCGAUUCCUGCUCCUCUUUCUCCUCAGCAAGACGCGCCAGCGAGUGCGCCUAAUGCAGCCACACAGUUGGAGUCAAGGAUACGAGCAUCGAAUGUGAAAGUGGAGCGUGAGGACGAGAAUAGUGACGGCAACAAGAGGAAACGCCAACAACCACAAGAAGACGGUGCUUCUGAUAAGGAAGGAGCUGUUAAACGGAGGAAGACAAAGUUAAAGAAGGACCAAAACCAAAUGGACCACCUUUUAGCGGUGUCCCUCCGGGAAGAGGAACUGAGUCAUUCUCUGCAGGAUUUGGACAAGUCCCUAGUUCUGGCCCGCAAUGCCUUACAGUUGGCCUACACAGAAGUGCAAAGGCUUGUGUUGUUGAAGCAGCAGUGCACUGCAGAGGUGGACGGUCUGAGAGCCAGGCGUAUUGAGAUUCUACAGGGGAUGCAAGAAGUGUAUUCUGCAAGCUCUAAUGUGGUGCAGGUUGGCACCACAUCAGCAGGAUCCUCUGAGAGGUCAUCUACUACCGCCUUUGCCCCUCUCACCAACCUCUAUCAAACGCCCACUCCGGCGUCCUCCAUGAGCCAGCCUCCACUCGCCUCUCUCCCAACGCCAACCAUUAUGGUUAAGCAAGAAGUCAUGAGCCUGCCAGCUUCUCUACCGCCGCAUGCCCAAAUGAACAGCGAGGAGGUACCUCAGCUACCACCAGAAACCUACCCUGUGCUGCCACCGUCUCUGCUGCUACCGACUCCUCCCACUGGGGCUGCUCCCGUUGUGGCUCUUCCUACUGUAGCCCCUCAUGCUCCGGCUCCUCCCACAGUGACUGUCAGUGAACAAACCAAGCCAGCGUGUUCAGUACCGGUGAAUCCAUCUUACCUUCAUCCGGAUUCAGUGCCGAGGGAGCGUUCUUCAAAAGAGCAAGUUAUCCAAAUAGAUUCUGAGGAUGAGCAUGAAGAACAUUCUUCCACAGAACGCAUAAAAGCAAAUGAGAGUGGGGGGAGUAGGCCUUCAUCAUCUACUGCAGCAGGUGGUGACAAAGGGGAUGAAAGUGAUGAUUUAAUGGAGGUAACGGAGCCCUCCAAAACGGUGGUUAUCGACAUUGAUGAAUCCGAGAAUGAGGAGUCACCCGAUAGUGGACCCUCAAAGGGGCCAAGUCCACAAGAGGCGCCUCAAAAGGGUGUCGGUGUGGAUUGCAGUUCUUCAAGCACACAGACUUACCAGCAACACAAUCUGAUUAAGAGGCAAACUGCAAGUCCUGUUGUGCCUGUAGGUGAAACAAGUAUUCCUCCAGUGGCUGUUGAGGUGACGGAGGAGGAGGAAGACGAGGAGGAGCCAUCAUUGGGAGGAUUUUCUAAUCACACAGGGUCUGUUCACGGCCUUCACAUCCACGAUGGACUCUUGUACACGUGCUCAGCAGACAACACAGCGCGGGCUUACAGUCUGGCGAACAGGGAGUGCCAAACAGUGUUUGAGGGUCACACAAGCAAAGUCAACUGUCUGCUCGUCUCCGCCUUUCUGAACAUGCCAGCACGACUGUACACCGGGUCCAGUGAUCAGACAAUUCGCUGCUACAGUUUAAAGUCUAAAAAAUGCCUGGAAACCAUCACGCUCGCUGACAGAGUGCUGUGCUUGCACAUUGCCUGGAACAUUGUGUUUGCUGGCCUUGCUAAUGGAUCAGUAGCCAGCUUUGAUUUAAAGACUCUGAAACCACUGGAUGUGUUCGAGUGCCAUGGCCCCCGAGGGGUCAGCUGCCUGGGCACGGCACAGGAGGGUGCCCGCCGGGUGCUGCUGGUGGGUUCCUACGACAAUACCAUCAGCGUGCGGGACGCUAAGAGCGGUUUGCUGCUGCGCUCGCUGGAAGGUCACACCAAGACGGUUCUCUGUAUGAAGGUGGUGAACGACCUGGUGUUCAGCGGCUCCAGUGACACGUCUGUUCAUGCACACAACAUCCAUACGGGUGAGUUGGUGCGUAUCUACAAGGGUCACGGUCAUGCUGUCACAUCCAUUGUCAUCUUGGGGAAAGUGAUGGUGACCGCCUGUCUUGACAAGCUGGUUCGAGUUUAUGAGCUCCAGUCCCAUGACCGCUUGCAGGUGUACGGUGGUCACAGCGACAUGGUGAUGUGCAUGGCUGUCCAUAAGAGUGUGAUCUACACAGGUUGUCACGAUGGAAGCAUCCAAGCUGCCAAACUCAACCUGAUGAAGAACUACCGCUGCUGGGUGGUGCCACUGGGUAGCUGUAUCUCCUGUAUCUCCACUAUGAUGUGAUACUACCAUGUAUCCAGUAGAUGUUAAUAACAAAAUUACAAUUUACUGUAUUUCAUCAUAUUGGCAAAUGACCACAAUACACUGAUAUAACAAUAUAAUAUAACAACAAGUAACAAUAAUAUAUACAGUAAGUGAUUCAUUGUGGUAAUGGUGAUGGUAAUGGUUUAAUUUUAUUUGAACAUGCAUACAAGUUACAAUGGAAUACAUUGCAUAGUACAAUUCGCAGUUCCACAUGUCCAAAAGGAGUAGGAAGAAGCAAAGCUUAUUUAAUCCUGCCCCCCGCCCGUUUCACAUCAAUUGCAAUACAUUUAUUCGCUUCCUGUGUUUCAUAUGUGGUCUCUUUUAAUGCAUAGAAAAGUUAUAAGGUAAUGUAACAAUGUGGUAAUAUGAUUGUCAAGGUUUUUCCGCAAUCAUAAUAAAUAAUAAUCAGUAUAAUAAAUAACAAUCAACACAAAUAGACAAGACCGAACAAGUUCAAGACUCUUCUUCCUUGUAUUUCACAACUGCUUGUAUUGUUUCUUGAAAUCGCUCCUCUCGGUGCUUUGUUUGAGUUCCUUACUCGAUCCGUUCCAUAAUUUGAUUCCACUGAAAUGCUGUGAGUUUUUAACUGUGUUUUUGCGUAUGCGUUUUAAGUUGAGUCAUUCCUUGAGAUCACAUUUGUACGCUUGUAGAAAAAUAUUGUUUGAAAAUGUACUAAGUCAAAGAAUUUUAAUAUUUGUGAUUUUAGAAAUAAAAGAUUUGUGUGUUCUCUAUACGUGGUAUUAUGGAUUAUCCUUACUAUUCAUUUAUGCAGUACAUUUAAUACGUGAAGAUUGCUUUUAUAGUUAUUACCCCAUAUCUUCACACACAUUAUACUAUAACUAUAGGAAUUG